AGUAUUAUGACUCAAACGUGUGGAUUGCUCAGCAUAUAGUGUGUCGCUAAGUUCCGUUACCGCACACGGCGGGAUUUACGCUUCGAUCAUCUCAUAGCGUUGGUUAGUAUCGUCACCUUACGCGCCCAGUGGCAGCAGCCGCGGCUCGUGAGCCUCUCAUAUUCCGGCCGUAGUCGAUCUCGGUUGAAUCUUUCGAUUUCUUGUAUUUCUCCAGGUUUGCUUGCACGUAACCGUGUGAGGAGCCGCCUUUACCUCAGCCAUUGUCUUGCCUCGAAACUCCUAAACUCCUCGAAGCUCUGCCCUUGGCCGGUCUAUUUUUCAGGCGCCUCAAGAGCCGCCAUUACCUCGGCCAUUGUCAUUGUCUCGAAAAUCCCAAACUCCUCCAAGCGGUGCCCUUGGUCAGGGACACCUCAAACACAACAAACUCUUCGCGGUCAUUUUCCCGAGCCUAUUAACUCAGCCACUAUUCCGCGACGCCUAUUGACUCAGCCACUAUUCCGCGACGCCUAUUAACUCAGCCACUAUUCCGCGACGCCUAUUAACUCAGCCACCAUUCCGCGACGCCUAUUAACGCAGCCAUGUCGCAGCUGUAUCCGCGGCUCCACGUCUCCCCGGAGGAGCUCGCGGCGCUCCAGAACCACCCGAAGCGCAUCCGGAAUAUCUGCGUGCUGGCGCACGUGGACCACGGAAAGACCACGCUCUCAGACCACUUAAUCGCCAGCAACGGUCUAAUCCACCCGCGGCUCGUCGGGAAGCUUAGGUUCUUAGACUGGCGGGAGGACGAACAGCGGCGCGGGGUUACUAUGAAGAGCUCGUCGAUCGCGCUGCUGUUUAGGAGACACGGGGGAUCUAUGGGCGCGACGGCCGGGGAAGGGGGGAAGCCGCAGGCGCAGGAUGGUUUGGAGGACAAAUAUCUUGUGAAUCUUAUUGACUCUCCUGGACACAUCGACUUCUGCAGUGAGGUGUCGACUGCAGCGCGUGUGUCAGACGGGGCAGUGGUGCUGGUGGAUGCGGUGGAGGGGGUGCACAUACAGACGCACGCCGUGCUCCGACAGGCCUGCCUGGAGAGGCUACAGCCCGUACUCGUUAUAAACAAGAUGGACAGGCUUAUAACCGAGCUGAUGCUCACUCCUGGCGAGGCGUACGAACGGCUUAAGGGCAUAAUUACCGAGGUCAACAACAUCAUCCAUGCAUUCCGCUCUGAGAAGUACAUGUCCCACGUGGACUCCCUCUCCCUGCCAGCUGGCGCCACGUCAGCUGACCAUCCACCUGGCAGCGACGGGGCAGGGAGCGAGGGAGAAAGGGGCGGGGAGGAAGCGAGAGGGGCGGGGGAGGGGGAGGAGGAGGAGGAUGAGGAGGAUGUAUUUUCUCCUGAUAAGGGGAAUGUGGCGUUGGCUAGUGCGGUGGAUGGGUGGGCUUUAAGGGUGAACGACUUUGCAGCCAUGUAUGCGAGAAAGCUGGGGGCGUCUGAAAAUGCUUUGAUGAAGGCCCUGUGGGGAGACUGGUACUACAUUCCCAAGACAAAGAAGAUUCUGAGGAAGAAAGCAGCGCAGGCAGCAGUGGGCGGCGCAUCGUCGUCAGCUGCCGCCCGGCUGCGGCCGAUGUUUGUGCAGUUUGUGCUGGAGCCCGUGUGGCAGAUCUACGAGGCGGCAGCUCAAGGUGGGAAUAACUCGAGUAACAGCAGCCAUGGUGGCGGGGACAGCAGCACCAGCAGCAGUAGCAGCGCUGGUGGUGAUCGUGGUAGCAGCAGCACUUCCAAAUCAAAUCCGGUUCUUGAGAAGAUCAUAUCUUCUUUGGGUCUGUCCGUGCCGCCCAAGGAUCUCCAGCACAAGGAUCCUCGCGCCGUCGCCCAAUCAGUGAUCGCCAGGUGGCUGCCCCUCGCGCCCUGCAUUCUCUCCAUGGUGGUAGAUUGCCUUCCCGACCCUGUUGCCGCCCAGAAAGACAGGCUCGGGUGCUACCUGCCGAACCGGCCCUCCAUACCUGCUGGUUCGGCAGACAAGCCAGGGGCGGAGGAUGGGGAAGGAGGGAAAGGAGAAGCGGAGGGAGGGGAGGAGUGGGUGAUGCGACAGGUGGCAGCAGUUGAUAGGGCGGUGGAGACUUGUGACUCGAGCGAAGACGCCCCGUGUGUGGUCUUUGUGUCGAAGAUGUUUGCUGUGCCGUUUGAGAUGCUUCCAAGGGAAGAACAGAGAGCAGAAGAGGAAGCAGCCGCAGCAGCAGCAGCAGCAGCAGCAGCAGCAGCAGGAGGAGGAGUUGGGGAUGGGUCAGGGGAUGCAACAGGGCUGGAUGACGCUGGGGGGUCGGUUCGGGAUCGGGAUUUUUUCUUUGCGUUUGCUCGGGUUUUCUGCGGGCGGCUACGGGCGGGGCAGCGCGUCUUCGUCCUCUCCCCUCUGUACGACCCCUGCCGCCCGGGCACGUGGGCCAGGCACAGACAAGAGGCGCAAGUGGGCGCACUGUUCAUGAUGAUGGGGCAGGGCCUGCAGCCAAUCAGCAGCGUGCCAGCUGGCAGUUGUGUGGCGAUCAAGGGGCUGGAGGCGUGCAUUUUGAAGAGCGCCACUGUCUCGUCAACGCCCUUCUGCCAGCCAUUUGCGUCCAUGGUGUUCCAGGCUGCCCCUAUUGUCCGUGUGGCCAUAGAGCCGGAGGACCCCCGCCAUCUCCCUCUGUUGACCCGCGGCCUGCGCCUGCUGAACCGUGCCGACCCCUUCGUAGAGGUUGUCCUAGCGCGCUCAGGCGAGCACGUGAUAGGGGCGGCGGGGGAGGUGCAUCUGGAGCGGUGCAUCAAGGACCUGCAGGAGCGCUUUGCGCGGAUCAAGCUCGUCGUGUCCAAGCCCAUCGUUUCCUUCCGAGAGACUGUUGCUCCGAGCCCGUAUGUUCACUUUGGGUCCGCUUCUGCGUUUCCUACAACCGUGCUUACGGUUACCACCACGCCGGGGCCUCCGCCUAGUGUUACGUCAGUGUUUGGUGCCGGUGGUGCUGCUGCUGGUGUUGAUGGGAUGAGCAGUAGUGGGAGCACAGGAUCCUCGCUAACAGCAGCUGCGUUAUCACCAUUAGCUGCUCUGGCAGCAAAUUAUUCAUCCGUGGCGACUGGAGCUGGAGCAGCCAUCCCACUGGGGUUCGGUCUUGGUUACGCGCUUGCGGUUACCACCACAGGGACUGGCACUGGUGGUGCUACUGCUGCUGGUGGUGGUACUGCUGGUGGUUCUGGUGCUAUUGGCCCCCCAGCAGCAGGAGGAGCAGCAGGAGCAGGUUCACACGGGGGAGGUGCUUUCUGGACGGAGCUCUGGGCGGCAAACGGGCGGUGCAGGGUGCGGGUGCACGUUGAGAAGCUUCCUGGAAAGCUGGCAGCCGUGAUGGAGAGAGAGGGGGAGACUUUGAGGGAUGCACUAGUGGAGGAAGGAGGGGGGAUGGGGGGAGGAGGGAGAGGAGGAAGAGGAGGAAGAGGAGGAAGAGGAGGAGAAGAAGAUGGAACGAGAGAGGAAGGAGGAGUGCCAGCACAAGUCGCACAGUCAAUGCAGCAGUCGAGGCAGUCAGCAACUCUUGCAUCGCUCCGCCAGCGGCUCUUGGAAGCGAUAGAUGAGGCGGACAUAGAUGAGGGGAUGGACGCAUCUGGGGGAGGCUCAUCUGCCAGUGCGUCUGCUGGCGCCGCCUCGUCUGCUUCCGGAGCGAAUCAGCCAAUGGGAGCGGAGGCAAAACGGGCGGCAGUGGCGGACUUCCGGGCGGCGUGGCGGAGCAAGCUGGAGAGAAUCUGGUCUUUAGGACCGAGACAUGUGGGGCCAAACCUGCUAUUGGCACCUAUUGCUUGUCAUUCCAGUGGAGAUGGUUCGGGUGAUUCCAGUGCAGGAGCAUCUGGCCAGGGGGUGUCUGGUAGCUUGCCAGCUGGCGGUAUGGUUGUUCAAGGGCUGCCAGAAGCUUCCUGGAAGCUGGGGCUUGUGAGGAGGUUUGAGAUGGAGGGUGCUGCGAAGGAAGCAGGGGGAGAGGCAGGAGUGCCAAGCGCUGCUGAUUCCGGUGCUGCAGACGGGAAGGAACGAGGGGAUCGGGAGGAAGCUGUUGAUUCGAAUGAAGCACAGCACAGCACAGCACAGGCUCCAGCAGAUGGCAAUGCGGCUGGUGCUGAUGCUAAUGGUGCUGCUGCUGCUGCUGCUGCUGCUGCUGCUGCUGCUGCUGCUGCUGCUGCUGCUGCUGCUGCUGGUACUGGUAGUUCUUUCAGUGGUGGGGACUCUGAACGAGGAGAGGAUGACGUGGCACUGCGGCACGAGGCCGAGGGAUUGGCCGGGUCGGUAGUGAGUGGCUUCCAGCUCGCCACGUCAGCAGGGCCUCUGUGUGAGGAGCCCCUGUGGGGCCUGGCGUUCACUGUAGAGGUCGUGAUUGUAAGGGGCGCUGGGCGGGCAGGGGCGUUCAGCAGCACAACCACCAGCACCAAUACCACCACCAGCAGCACCAGCGGCGGCAGCGAGCAGCAGGCUAGUAGUGAACUGCCACAUGCUCCUGUCGCUUCUACUACACCGCCUGCCCCUUCCGCUCCCACGCCCACCGUUCCCACAUCGAGCGUGCCCAUAUCGAGCGUGCCCAUAUCGAGCGUGCCCAUAUCGAGCGUGCCCAUAUCGAGCGUGCCCAUAUCGAGCGUGCCCAUAUCGGGCCAAGUCAUGAGCGCAGUGAAGGACGCGUGCAGAGCCGCAGUGGCCGCCAACUCCCCGCGGGUGGUGGAGGCGAUGUUCCUGUGCGAGGUCACCACCACCACCGAAGCCCUGGGCGCCGUGUAUGCGGUGCUGGGGAGGAGGCGGGCGGCCGUGGUGCGGGAGGAGAUGAAUGAAGGAUCAGGGAUGUUCACUGUGCAUGCCCAUUUACCUAUGGCGGAAUCAUUCGGAUUUGCAGAAGAAUUGAGAGGGAGGACGUCCGGUGCUGCCAGCCCUCAGCUGGCAAUGAGCCAUUGGUCGAUGGUGCCAGACGACCCGUUCUUCGUGCCGCGGACAGAGGAGGAGAGGGAGGAGUACGGCGACCAGGGGGUGGGGCUGGGCGUGAACGUGGCUCGCAGGCUGGUGGAUGGAGUGAGGAGGAGGAAGGGGCUGCCUGUGGAGGAGAAGGUGGUGGAGAAGGCUACGAAGCAGAGAACCCUGGCUAGGAAAGUGUAGUUUUCUGGCUCACACCAACCACGCAGCAGAAAAAGGAGUGCGGGGACUCGCGGGUGGGGCUUGGUGUGAACGUGGCGCGUAAGCUGGUGGAUGGAGUGAGGAGGAGGAAGGGGCUGCCUGUGGAGGAGAAGGUGGUGGAGAAAACCAAGCAGCAAACGCUGGCUAAGAAAGUGUGAUUUGUCGAUCACACAGCAGAGAGGGAGUAUGGGGGCUCUGGGGUGGGCCUGGGGGGGUGACUGUGCCUUCCAAGGUGACUGCCUAUGUGAGGAGGAGGAGGGAAGGGCUGCCUGUGGAGGAGAAGGUGGUGGGGAAGGCUACGGAGCAGCGGACUUAAGCUAGAAAAGUGUAGUUCUUCAACAAGACCCCUGUGGGUCUGUGUGGGCCUCGCAGGCUUGUGGAUGGAGUGAGGAGGAAGAAAGGGCUGCCUGUGGAAGUGAAGGUGGUGGAGAAAGCUACAAAGCAGAGGACCCUUGCUAAAAAGGUGUGAUCUCUUGAGAGGGAGGAGUAUUGGGACUCGGGGUGGGUCUGGGGGUGAACGUGGCUCACAGGCUGGUGGAUGGAGUGAGGAGGAGGAAUGGGCUGCCUGUGGAAGAGAACGUGGCUGAAAAGGCAACAAUACAGCGAACCCUGGCUAGGAAAGUGUGAUUUGUCGAUCACGCAGCCGAGGGAGGAGUAUGGGGACUCGGGGGUGGGCCCGGGGGUGCAUGUGGCUAGCAAGUGCAAGUUGGUUGCCAAUGUGAGGAGGAGGAGGAAGGGGCUACCUGUGGAAGAGGUGGUGGAGAGGAGAAGGCAAUGAAGCAGCGCACCCUGGCUAGGAAAGUGUGGCGGGUGGGAGCCAAUACGCGGUGCACUGGUGCCCCCAGGGCCUUGCCGUGGUGGCUGGCGUUCAUUGUGGAGGAAAGCGCCGCCUGCAGAAGUAACAGCAGUGGGGAGGGUUGCUGUGCUGCGAUGCAUCGGACCCUGACUCGCUUGAGGACUGCAUCCACAGAAACUGGCUCAGCGUGUUGUUCUGGGCUCGUUUGGACGUACGAGUUGUGAGGGAGAGUGCGGAAUAUGCAAGUCACAAGAUGUGACGGCACGUUGGCUUGCUGACAGAGUGAGAAGGGGAGGGAGGGACUUCCUGUUAGGAUAAAAGUGUUGGAAAGCUAGCAGUCAGACACUGAAUCCUGGGGUGGGGGGAUAAUUGGUUUCUUAUGUGUUGCCCAAACCUUUUUCAGGAAAAAUUAUGUCAGA